AUGAUGAUGGUUAUGACUUUGACCUCAACUAUGGCAGCUGCUGCUAUGGAUCUAUGUGUUGAUGGUCGUGAUGGUCUUUGGGAAGUUGCUUGUGCUCCUCACAGCUGGCUCUCCGAAGCUUCUAUGCAGCAUGGCAUCCCUUCUCGCCGCAUCAAUUUGGCAGAAGGCUACGACCUGUACCAAGAGGAGACAUGGCACCUUUUGUCUCAACUUCAUCGCAAGCACCGUCCUCGCAAGAUCUGGUUCUCUUUACCAUGCACCAAGUUCUGCAAAUGGACCUUCCUCAACUACUCCACGCCAGAACGGAAACUACUUCUUCGUUCCCAUCAAAGGCGUGAACGAAAGAUGCUCUGGAACAUGAACCAGUUCCUCAAGAAGGCCAUGGAUGCAGACCCCUCAAUGCAUGUGUAUUUUGAAUGGACCCAUCCUUGUCAGGGUUGGAGUGAAGCACCUAUGAUCGACCUUGAGCACUACUUCCAUGAGAAUGAUCUCUUCUGGCAAGGUUGCCGUGUAGACGGGUGUGUCUAUGGCAUGCGCAACCUGAAGGACACCGACUUCAUUAAGAAGAGUUGGAAGAUCAUGACCACCGAUGAGCACUUCUGGAAGAUCUAUCGGGCAAAGACUUGUGGUGGUGGUCACAGUCACAGUUGGAUCCAAGGAGCAGAGACUGCCCGAUCUGCCUAUUAUCCUUGGAAGCUAUGUCAAGCUAUUGCCCGCACUUGGCGUCAGCAAUUCCUCUCCGACAAGAAUGUCAACUACCUCUUCCGAAACUAUGACAAGCCUACAACGGUGCAGGACCUUUUGGCUGCUGAAGAAGAGGCACUACAGCCUGAACUACCUCAAGAAGAUGAUCUUCUUCCACGAGUACCAGACUAUGCUGAUGGCAUCAUUCCUUCCAAUGCAGAACGUCAACAAUGGCAAGCUAAGAAUGCGGACCCUUCUCACGAGUUCGCCAAGCUGAUUCAACAACGACAAGCUGCUGAAGAAGUGGCCACUCGCACUCGAGCCAAGAGAGUGCUCUCCAAAUUGAGCAACACCAUCGUCCGUCAACCUCUCAGAAACUUCAACCCCAUGGACAUGGUCAUGGUUUGGCGACGGCUCCAACCCACCUUGAUUCACAAGGGUGUUCGUGGAGGUCUAAAGAAGGCUGCCAAGCCUCGAUGGAUUGGACCUGGAAGAGUUGUUUUUCAGGAGCUACUUCCUCAUCAAGAAGAAGGAGAUCACCGACGGCAUAUCUUAUGGGUUCUGGUGGGUAGCAAGAUGCUUCGUUGCUCAGUGCACUCUGUUCGACCUGUCACUGAGACUGAGCGCUUCACCUAUGAGAUCACCACCGACGAGGACCCUUCUCAGUGGAAGUCUCUCGCAGACAUCCUGCCAAAGCGAGAGUAUGUGGACAUUGUGGAUGAAGUCCCCAAUGAAGAAGACCGAGAACUACCAGAUCUUCCCGACGAGCCCGACAACACCACCUAUGUGCCUAUCCGAAGGGCCAAGCAUAAGCAGACCUUUGGUCCUGAUGAGUAUGUCAAGGUGCAUCGCUCUUCGCCCCUUGGCUUGGAUUCCUCCUCCUCUGCGAAUCCAAAGGUGAAGCAUUGGAUUCCUCCGCCGCCGGCACCUGACCUUGAGUAUACUCCAUCUGUUGCUCCCGAACCAGGUGAACAUGAAGAUGAUCUACCAGAAGCUGAAGCUGGUGCUGACACCACUGAGGUCAGCGUGAGAGAGAAGCGUGAAGUCAAUGACUAUGACCGGGAAGUUGAACGACCUCCCAAGAAAUCCAAAGAUGAAGAGUCUCACAAGAAAGCUCGCUCCAGCUAUGACUUGGGCUGGAUAGAUCUUUUGCGGGCCGAUGUUGACAAUGAGGUGCAGGACUUUGAGCUCUACCAGGCUUUCCAAGAGACUGAAGAGUUCCUUUGCUUUGAGCUGGACAUCUCAUUUGACUCCAACAGACAACGCAAACAGUUCUUGCGCAACCCUGUCAGACACGUUGACGACUUCCACCGUGUUGGUGAUGUGAACAGCUCUGAGUGGCAGGCCAUCUGCCAACGCAUCGAUGCUGCAUACCAGUGGGGCAGUGUCAAGCGUGGAUGUUACCGCCACGCAGGCACGGACAUCACCUCUGUCCGGAAGCCUGAUGGUCUUGUCGAGAUCGAGGUGGACCAAGACUCCUACAUCGAGACCCUUCAGGAUGUUGACAUCCCAGCUGAUCGCAUCCGAGCUGAUGACAAGCUCUCUCCUUCUGAGUUGGCCAGCUGCAGGGCAGCCCUGGGAUCUUUGCAAUGGUUGGCCAUACAAACCCAACCACAACUCUGCGCUCGAUGCAACCUCCUGCUGAGCGAUUUGGUGACCAAUGGUCAGUUGGAGCACGCCAGGGAGAUUCAGAACAUGAUCACUGAGAUUCGCCUGGAAUCUUACAAGCUUCGCUUCUUCAAGCCCAAAGAUGCUGAGCAUUGGAGUGACCUGACCUUCACCACAGUGGCCGACCAGUCGCACAACAACAGACCAGGUGGAAACUCCACCGGAGGUAUGAUCAGCCUGAUCUCAGGACCCUCCUGUCGCUCUGGCCAUGUCACUGAGUUCAUGUUGAACUGGCGCUGCUGGAAACUCAAGCGCAAGGCGAUUGCGUCAAACGACGCAGAAAUACAGGCAGUGCUAGAAUCCGAAGACUCCAACUUUCGGAUGAGGCUCCUAUGGACAGAGAUCCACGGAGCAGGCCACCAAAGGCCAAAAGAGCGCCACGACUUGGUGGAGGAGACGGAGAAGCAGGCCCGUCUUGUGAAAGGCAUCCUCUGCACCGACAGCCGUGGAGGCUACGACGCUGUGGAGAUGAACGAAUCUCCACUCCUUGGAUUAUCCAAUAUGAGGGCAGCGCUUCAGGCCUUUCAGUUGCGUGAUAAUCUGAGGAGAGUUGGGGCUGAACUUCGUUGGCUAGCUUCCGAUUUCGACCUGGCCGACAGCCUCACAAAGCGCAAGGCUUCCUGUCGAGAAGGAUUGGUCAAAUUCCUUCAGACCAACCGCUGGAGCAUCGCCUUCGAUCCACAGUUCGUUGCAGCCAAAAGAAACAAAAAGACAGGCCACACCGCCGUCUCCAAGGUGGACCAAGCCAUGGCAUGGAAUGAGGGUCAUCAUUUUGAGCCCUUUGACCUUUUUUGUAGUGACUCCUCCGAGCUGCACCAUCUUCACACCUUCGCAGCUGAUUUUCUCUUUUGGGGUGGUGCAACAAACCCACCUUCAGCUGCUCAGGCAUGUAUGGAUGCCGCUGUGUCUUGGCUUGGAGGGGCCCCUUGA